AUGGUUCUUACUAAAGAAUUUAGAAUUUGCAUGCCUAUCACAGUGGAGGAGUAUCGAAUAGGCCAACUAUACAUGAUAGCUCGUCAUAGCUAUGAACAGUCUACUACUGGGGAAGGAGUGGAAGUAGUAGCAAAUGAACAAGUCAAUGAUGAAGUUAAUGGAGUUGGACAGUUCACUGAGAAAAGAAUACAUCUCUCAAGCCACCUCCCCUAUUGGAUUCAAAAUAUCAUACCCAGGCUGUUUUAUAUAACUGAAAAAGCUUGGAAUUACUACCCAUACACAAUAACAGAGUACACAUGUUCCUUCAUCCCAAAGUUUUCCGUGUCUAUACAAACCAGAUAUGAAGAUAACAAUGGAACAACAGAAAAUUGUUUAGGUCUGCCAGAGGAAGAGUUGGAACAAAGACAAGUUGAUUUUCUUGAUAUAGCAUAUGAUGAAAUCAAACCCCAUCAUUACAAAGAAACCGAAGAUCCAAAGCUUUUUAAAUCAGAGAAAACAGGCAGAGGACCGUUGACUGAAGGUUGGCGGGACAAUCACAAACCAAUAAUGUGUUGCUAUAAACUAGUUAGUGCUAAGUUUGAAGUUUGGGGUCUGCAGACUAAAGUCGAAGAUUAUGUACAAAGUGCGAUUCGGGAAAUACUUCUUCUCGGUCAUCGUCAGGCUUUCACAUGGAUGGAUGAAUGGUUUAAUAUGACUAUUGAUGAUGUGAGGAACUAUGAAAAAGACAUGCAAGCGAAGACAAAUAUUAAGGUGCAAACAGCCCUGGAAAAUGCCAAUGCAGAAGGCGAUGCUGAAAAUAAAUCACCGCCUCUAUCUCCAAAAUUACCAAAGACUCCGAAGACCCCUUCAGUAUCUGGGACUCCUACAGAAUCAAAAUCGUGGUUCUCAUGGUCCUAA